AUGUUCUACUUGCAACCGCGUCUAGCCAUGCCGAACAUCAAGCAUAUGAAGUUGAAGAGGGCGAAGAAUUGCAGUGACAAUGACAGCGAUAAUGUGGACUAUGAUGAUCAAAGCUUCACUGCAGCUGAAAUUGAAACGGAGCGGAUUAGUAAAGUACUCGAAGGAAGACGUAUCAUGUUGAUUGGUCUGAGUGCACUCUUCCUUACCAUGUCUAUUAGCAAAUUCCUCUACGGAAUAGCGAGCGGCUUUCAAAAACCCACCUGCAUGAUUCUACUUUUUAGUGCCAUGGCUCUUAACGCCUUCCAGUUCUUUGGGCCACUCAUUCGAGCGCUUCUUUCUGGUUUGGUCUCUUGUGAAGUUCAAGGUCGUCUAUACGCUCUUAUUGGUUUUGGUGAUUCACUUGGAACCUUCAUUGGUAUGACUUCACUUCCAGUAUUAUACGCUUCAACAAUUUUCAUGAAUGCCGGCUUCGUUUUCCACAUGGCAGCUCUUGUACUUGGUGUCGCGUUCAUUCUAAACGGGUAA